AUGUUGAAGACAGAGAGCCCUGAAGGAAGCUGUACAUGCAAGGAACUUUACAAUCUUCUGGCGUCCCGACUAAAGCAGAGGGUGAAUCCCACAAUGGAUCCGGAUUACCUGGUAUUUGGCACGGGAAAUCUGAGGUGGCUUGGACGGCAAGAGGAAGACUUCACCUCUGCUUCAACACAGCAGCCAGAAAAGUCGCGACCAAAGAGGCGAAUUCGUCCCCACAAUAAAUCCCGACGAGGGUGUUUGAACUGCAAAAUCCGGAGGGUAAAGUGUCCGGAGACGCAUCCUGUUUGCGAGAAUUGCCGUGGAAAGGGUUUGGUCUGUGUAUACCCGCCUGGGCUACAGAACGACUUUCAGUACCUCGGGGGUCCAGCGCGGGAUGUCUCAACUCAACUGGUAUAUCUGCAGCCCCGAGGACAAGCUGCAGAUUUCACUAUUGCUGAUAUGUGCCUCCUGCAACACUUCAUCACCGACGCUCAUCCGCACCUGCCGGCUGGGAAUGAUGAUGUCUAUAAGCGAGUACUCCCGGCGCUCACAUAUCAACAUGAAUAUGUGAUGCACGCCAUCCUUGCUCUAUCUGCGUCGCAUCUAGCACUUCUCACCGGGUCCGCCCUUCCUGUUGAGGCCUUGCGACAUCGCCAACGGGCUCUACGGGGACUGAAUGAAGCAAUAUCCCGAGCGCCAGGCGAGGUCAGUGACGCAGACGCGGAUGCGAUGUUGGCAGCUUGCUAUAUAUUGACUUUUCAAUCCUCGUACAUGGUUGAUGGCCUUUUCGAUUAUAUCAUGAUGCUCCGAGGUUGCGGCUUAGUGACUAGGCUGAUGCUUCAACGGAAUCUGCACGGAUCCUUCUCGAUUGAUCCAAAUUCGCAUAUGAAACACAUGCAAGUACAAUUUGGCAGGUUUCCUACGAUCGAUAGUCGGAUUGCUUCGGACGGUAUUCGCUCACUGGGUCUUGUGAGCCCGCUUUUACAGCAUCCUGUCGAAGAAAUCUUCUACCAGCUGCUAUUUGACGUCCUCGUUUCUCUGGAACAGUCAGCCUCCUGCGCAGCUUAUGUCGAUCUCACCAACAUUAUUAACGCUUGCCUCAAUCCGAUGUCCGGCAUCUCCUGGACCCCGAGAAUCAGGUUUCGCAGGUCUAGAUGGGCACUACUGCCCCCGCGCCUUAUGGAGGCAGACUGCGAAGUGCCUGUGAUCGAUGCCGGCAGCGGAAGAUUCGCUGCGAUAGAGCCAAACCGGCCUGUGAGCCUUGCCAUUUUGCCUCUGCUCCCUGUAUCUUCACUCCGCUGCCGACUCAGCCGCGGAAAUCAACAGUUGCAAGAGACUAGAGCUGAAGUUCGCCGUUUGGAAGAGGCCUUGAGAGCGGAGAGGGAGGGCCGUCAGAGUCCUAGUCCCGGUCUCCAUAAAUCUUCCGGGCUCGUCAACGAUCUCUUCGAUUCUCGUGGCUUCGAUGUAACCUUGAAAGCUUUUCGGUGGCAUCUUGCAUACUGCACUCCUGGGUUUGCUGCAUCCAUUCAAACAGAUCCCACCUUCGACCUCGAGGAGUUGUUCGACCGGGUUGCGGAUUCAUUCGACUUGCAGUUCCGCACAAAACCUGCCCGAGUAGUCUUGCCGAAAUGGCCCCCACGCCGUCUGAUCGAGUCGUCGUUGGAGUACUUUGCGAGUAAUAGAUUGUAUUCAAUCCAUCCGGUUGUUGACAUUGACACGCUGACCUGUCUACUUAACACUUCCGACCUCGAUGGCUAUGCGACGAAUGUUGCCGACCGGGCCUGUUUAGCAGCUUUGACGGCAAUGAUUACCCGGAUUCGUCGGCAAGAGCCUGCAUUUGCUGAUGCAGAUCCUGAUGCUUACGUGCAAGCAGUGCUUGCAGUGUUGCCCCAGUUGAUGAUGGAGCAUACCAACCUCCGAGCUCUAGAAGCUUUGAUUAUCCUUGCACUCUAUAUCGCCCCAUUGGGUCAACCGCAAACAGCAGAAAUGCUACUCGCUAUGGCCGUCCGGAUCCUCUUCAAUUUGGGGGCACACAGAGCUAGAGCGACUUAUGAAACUACCGCCGAAAAGCAUCAACAUCAGCACUUGCGGGCUUUGUUCUGGACCCUUUAUGCCGUGGAUAAAGAAAUGUCGCUUCGAAAAUGUCAACCACCGAUGAUCAAUGACGCUGACUGCGACUUGACUCUACCUGAAAACUAUGUCGCACUAUCAUCCGAUCACCAGUUCUUCACGUCCGAGUUGUCACCUAAGGAGCUUCUUUACCCCUCGGACCUUCGUCUGGCUAUGCUAAAAUCCAAGACUUACCAUUUGCUCUAUUCCGAGCAAAGUCUGAGCCAGUCGAAAGCGAGACGACUUCAGCUCAUCCGCGAACUAGACCAGGAGUUGAAUGACCUGAAAUCCCUAUUUCCCGCCGCGUGUAAACCGGAUGCCGUUGUGAGCGGAAACGUGCCAGAUUACCUUAUCCAUGAUCUCAGUUUACGGGGGGUGAAUGUCCAUCUUGAGUACUACCACUGUCUUUCUAAGAUUCAUGGAGCAAGCAUCGUCGGCAGCACUCCCGCUUUGCAGAGUCUGUCUCCUCCGUCCACAAGUAUGGAGUUAUGUUAUGAGGCAGCACGAUCCACUUUGAUAUAUCUGCGUCGAAUUCGUCAUUUGAUCUUCCCUGAAACAUUCUGCCUGCGGUUGCAUUGGGAAGAUGGCGGCGAGGACUGGCUGAUUCGAUUUCCAUUGCCUGGAAAAUCGAUGUUUCUAGACGAGAAAGUCUACCGAGAGGCCGUGCUCAUGCAAUUCAUUGCUAGUAGGACCCGGAUUCCUGUCCCUCGCGUCAUUGCCCAUGGAGCAGCGCAUGAGAACCCUACUGGGCUUGGGCCCUUCAUCCUCAUGACCUGGAUUGAAGGAAGGAAAAUGUCGGAGAUCCUUCGAAAAGACAUGCCCGGGAAAGAGGAUAUUUUGAACCCCGAUAUUGACUCUCGAACGUUGGGGGCUCUUUAUAGCCAGAUGGCCGAGAUCCUUCUAGAGCUUUGGAAGCUCGACUUCGAUCACAUCGGUUGCCUAGGUCAAGACCAACAAUGUGGGCAGUAUGUGGUAGACGGCCCGCCUGGGACGCUGGAAGUCAACGAGCUUAUGCGGACUUGCGGGUUGGGAAACUGCACACCUUCAAGCGUUUAUCACAGCUCUACCGAUUAUAUUGCAUCAUUAUUGCAACUGCAGUCGAUUCACCUGAAGCAACAACGGAACAGCGUGUAUGAUUCUGAAGAUUGCCGGGAGAAGUAUGCUUGUCGCCAUCUGAUGAAAGCUAUAGCCUUGGAUUUCAUUUCCCAGGAAGAUAAUCACGGCCCGUUUAAGUUGUUCUGCGAUGAUUUUGGACCCGGAAAUGUGCUUGUGGAUGACUCUCUCCGCGUCACGGGAGUUAUUGACUGGGAGUUUUGCUAUACAGCUCCCAUUCAGUUCGCCGGGAGUAUUCCAUCGUGGCUCCUGCUGCAACGACCUCAUCGAAUCAUUAAUGAACUCGGUGCUGACGCUUUUCUCGAUAUGUUUCUCCCCAGGGCAGAGAUUUUUCUGAACUGUUUGCAGCAGAAAGAGGAAACCAGUAAGACAAAACCCCAGGACCGACUUUCAACACGUAUGCGAAGAUCGAUCGAAGACAAGAGCGCCUGGUUUAUUCUAGCUUCUCGGAUGGUGUCGUCCGUUGACAUGAUCUACUGGGAGUUACUAGAUGAAUACUGCUGGGGAGCGCGCUCAUCCAUUGCAGAGAGGGUCCACAACGUCACCACGAUACCUGAACAGCAUAAAGAGCGAGAGAGAUUCGUGCGUCAUAAAAUUUGCCAGCUGCAGGAAUACUUUGCUGAGCUUGGUGAAGACAUAACAAUCGAAUACGAGGAGGAGCAUUUUACAAGAGCAGAGGAUACUUUUGACCAUGGGACAAGCCGUGAUCGACUUCGAGAUGCUGAACCUUCUCCUUCACAACCUCUUACGGCCCAGGAUAUGGAAACUCGUAUCUCCCUACCAGUCUGCAUUGGUUUCUUUUCGCUGGGCUGCAUGUCUCGUGGAGCAGGUCCUCCACCAACUCUCCUCAUGAGAGACGGCCUUGAUUUGCCCGAGUUUGGGUAUCUGCCAUUCGACCAUUUCGUCAUGGCAGAGUGGGACCCCAACUCCGCGCUCUCAAAACAAGAGCAGAAAAGAUCCCUAGUUGAGAAGUGGAUUCGGCUCGGGAAAUACGGCCGCAAGGACUACUACAUGGAUCCUCCUGAUGAAUUCCCCCCUCAUUUCCCGCAGGACCUUCUCUCGGACGACGAGCUUGCGGUAGACGGGCAGAUCUCUUGCAUGAUCUGGAUCUGGAUCCGGACCUGGUUCGGCGAUCAAGAAGACAAUGAGAGUCAAGAUGCUGCGAACGCGGCUUACAAGCGAUUAUUUGCCCGUGUCAUGUACCAGAGUGGACAAGAAGGCUACAACGACUGCAUGGACCCAGAGUUCAUCUUUGACAACAAGGAACAAUUCAGUCGCGGCAAUGACAAUGAUACAGAUAUCUCAAAUGGAAUCGCGCUCGGAACGCCAGGAUCCGUACCUUGGUACCUGGUUACAGCGCUAGAGCACUGUCCAGAUCAGUUUGACGGGCUUUCAGCUCGUGAUUGGCCCCGUGAGCCAUUGAGUGAAGCGGAGAUAAAGGAGACGGAAUCUAAAACGGACAAGAUUCAAAGUCUGCUUGUUCUUGUUGCGGACCGCAAAGCAUGUGAGGAGGGCUGGGUGCUGUAUCUUGCAGUCAACCACAAGGGCCAGGUUCUGCCCUUCAGGAUACAUGAGAGAGCGGGAGAGGUAUUCCAGCUUGUGGCCAAUUGGAUGGAUGGUCAGCAGCUAGCGGAGAAUACUUACGAUCCCGAUGAGGAUGUGGAGAUGUACAUGCGUGAGGGUAGUGGCUGGAACUGA